AUGAAAAUUUGGUACUGUUUCGCCGUGCUCUUUGCGGGUGUCUCGACCGCUCUGCUAGAACAGUCGCUUCUUGCAUUCGAUCCGACUCCUGGCGCCAUUGAGCUCACAGGUGCGGCAAUCCUCCGGGACAUCAGCGACCCAGUCGGCGUUGAGAUAGCAACCAAUGACCUAGCUUCUGAUCUCGAGGAAGUUACGGGAAUCAAACGGCCCAUCUUCAAGUGGGACGUUGCCGAUGGUGUACACGGCGACGACUUACCUACUGGUAGCGACUCGAGUUUCGUGAUUAUAGUGGCAACGGCGGACUCGCCAUUGAUUCGGCGACUCCAGGACGAUGGUAAGAUCAACGUCGAGGACAUUCGUGGCAAAUGGGAGACGUUUCGCACUGCACUUGUCCCCAACCCCGUUCCCGGGUUCGAGCAUGGCCUCGUCAUUGUCGGAAGCGAUAAGCGGGGCACCAUGUUUGGAGCGUAUACACUCUCCGAGCAAGGGGGAAAAUCACCGCUGCACUGGUGGGCCGACGUCCCAACAACCAAACAUACCCACAUCUACGCCCUAAACAAAACAACAACACACGGCUCCCCUAGCGUAAAAUACCGCGGCAUCUUCAUAAACGACGAAGCGCCCGCCUUGACAAGCUGGUGGGCGACGAAAUCCGAUAGAAACGACUACACCUUUGAUGCCGAAUUCUACACGCACGUCUUUGACCUCCUCGUCCGACUAAAAGCCAACUUUCUCUGGCCGGCCAUGUGGGGAUCCUUCAUCCCCCGUCCGGGAAGAAUCUUCUUUACAGACGAUCCGCGGAACCAGCAGCUGGCUGAUGAUUAUGGGAUUGUGGUUUCGACGAGUCACCACGAGCCGAUGCAGCGGGCGUCGAAUGAGUGGAAGGCUGAUCCGGCGCACGGGGAGUGGAACUGGGUGGAGAAUAACGACGAGGUUGUCGCGUUUAUGGAGGAAGGGGUGAGACGGGCAGCGAGGAACGAGACGUAUUUUACGCUGGGGAUGCGGGGGACAAAUGAUGGGCCAAUUGAGGCGGAUGAUCCCGUUGCGGUGUUGCAGGAUAUUUUUCAGACACAGAGGGGGAUUUUGAGCGAGCAUUAUGGUAACGAGAGUGCUGCUAGCCGUGCGUAUUGCGUUCCUUUUGGUGGACUGUGCUGA